AUUAACGCGGAGAACCUGCAAAUGUUCUUAUUGACGACGCCACACUAAAUAUGGUACCACCGCCAAACCAUUUUACGUGAUGACGUCACAGGGUUGUUCGGCAACUGUGCGUCGCUGCAUUGUCAACUUGAGAGGCAGAGUAAGGAGGACCUCAAACGGACUGUUGUCUCACACAAACAGUUCUAUUUUCCACCAUGGCACUGAGGAGCGCCGUGUGUCGUCGCUUGUUCAACCCUCAGCGAGGUGUCAUCUUCUCGGCUGUCAGAGCACAGAGCGCCACCGCAGCACCUGUCAGUCAGGAUGCAGAGAAGAGUCAGCAGAAGACCAAAACACCGAAGGUCCAGUUCAACUGGCGCGAUGCCCUGGACCUGGAGGGUCAGCUAACGGAGGAGGAGGUCAUGAUCAGGGACUCAUUCCGCACCUACUGCCAAGAGAAACUCAUGCCCCGCAUCUUGAUGGCAAACAGAAAUGAGAUAUUUCAUCGAGAAAUAGUGUCAGAGAUGGGGGAGCUGGGGGUCCUGGGUCCAACCAUUAAAGGUUACGGCUGCGCGGGGACAAGUUACGUGGCCUACGGUUUAAUCGCCAGAGAAGUGGAGCGGGUGGACAGUGGUUACCGUUCUGUCAUGAGCGUGCAGUCGUCGCUCGUCAUGCAUCCCAUCAACGCCUACGGCACGGAGGAGCAGAGACAGAAGUACCUCCCUAAACUGGCGUCUGGUGAGAUCCUGGGGUGCUUCGGGUUGACGGAGCCCAACCACGGCAGUGACCCUGGGGGUAUGGAGACCAGAGCCAAAUACAAUCCAUCCAGUGGCACCUACUCCCUGACCGGCUCCAAGACCUGGAUCACCAACUCCCCAGUGGCAGACAUCGCCGUGGUUUGGGCCAAAUGUGAUGAUGGGAAGGUGCGUGGCUUCAUCCUGGAGCGGGGCAUGAAAGGCUUCUCCACCCCCAAGAUCGAGGGGAAGUUCUCCCUCAGAGCCUCCUCCACCGGCAUGAUCCUCAUGGACGAGGUGGAGGUUCCUGAGGAGAACCUGCUGCCCAACAUCUCUGGCCUGGGGGGGCCGUUCGGCUGCUUGAACAACGCCCGCUACGGUAUUGCGUGGGGGGCUCUCGGUGCCGCGGAGUUCUGCUUCCAUGCAGCUCGUCAGUACACACUAGACAGAAUCCAGUUUGGCGUGCCGCUCGCGAGGAAUCAGCUGAUACAGAAAAAAAUGGCUGACAUGUUGACAGAGAUCAGCAUCGGCCUGCAGUCGUGCCUGCAGUUGGGUCGGCUCAUCGAUGAGAAGAAAGCUGCUCCAGAAAUGAUCUCCAUGCUGAAGAGGAACAGCUGUGGUAAAUCACUGGACAUCGCCCGACAGGCCAGAGACAUGCUGGGAGGAAACGGCAUCGCAGAUGAAUAUCACAUCAUCCGCCACGUCAUGAACCUGGAGUCUGUGAACACCUACGAAGGAACUCACGACAUCCACGCCCUGAUCCUGGGCCGGGCCAUCACAGGACUGCAGUCCUUCACCGUCAACUGAUGUCCCCCUGAACUCUGCUGCUGUAAAACACUAACUGUAAAUGUUGUGAGUCCAGGGUCAAAGGUCAGACACAGUAAUUAUAACCAGUUCUGAUGUAGAUUUGUGAGUUAAAGAGAAAUAUUUUUAUAUUUGCUGCAGCAGUUGUUCAACAAUAAACUGUUUGGUUGAGUGUG